AUGCUGGUGCAUACUUAUUCAGCCAUGGAGCGCCCGGAUGGGUUGGGCGCAGCGGCAGGCGGAGCCCGUCUGUCAUCUCUGCCCCAGGCAGCCUACGGGCCGGCGCCGCCGCUCUGCCACACGCCGGCCGCCGCCGCUGCCGCAGACUUCCAACCGCCCUACUUCCCGCCGCCCUACCCGCAGCCGCCGCUGCCCUACGGCCAGGCGCCCGACGCAGCCGCCGCCUUUCCUCACCUGGCGGGGGACCCGUACGGCGGCCUGGCGCCCCUAGCGCAGCCUCAGCCUCCACAGGCCGCCUGGGCCGCGCCCCGAGCCGCCGCCCGGGCCCACGACGAACCGCCCGGCCUGCUGGCGCCGCCCGCCCGCACCUUGGGCCUGGACCCGCGCCGCGAGUACGCCGCCGCGGUGCCCCGGCUCCUUCACGGCUUGGCAGACGGCGCGCACGGCCUGGCGGAUGCGUCCCUUGGUCUCCCCGGACUGGCGGCACCGCCUGGCCUGGAGGACCUGCAGGCCAUGGAUGAACCAGGAAUGAGCCUUCUGGACCACAAUGAGUCCGUGAUUAAGAAAGUCCCCAUCCCCUCCAAAGUCAGCAGCCUUUCGGUCCUCUCAUUGGCCAAAGACAGCCUGGUUGGUGGCAUCACGAACCCCAGUGAGGUCUUCUGCUCCGUGCCUGGCCGGCUCUCACUGCUCAGCUCAACAUCCAAGUACAAGGUGACGGUGGGGGAGGUGCAGCGGCGACUCUCUCCUCCUGAGUGCCUCAACGCCUCCCUCCUAGGGGGAGUCCUCCGCAGGGCCAAGUCCAAGAAUGGGGGCCGGUGCCUGCGGGAACGGCUGGAGAAGAUUGGGCUCAAUCUGCCAGCAGGCCGGCGCAAGGCUGCCAAUGUGACGCUGCUGACUUCACUGGUGGAGGGAGAGGCCGUGCACCUGGCCCGAGACUUUGGCUAUGUCUGUGAGACUGAGUUCCCAGCCAAGGCAGCCGCCGAGUACCUGUGCCGACAGCAUGCUGACCCUGGGGAAUUGCACAGUCGCAAGAGCAUGCUGCUGGCUGCCAAGCAGAUCUGCAAAGAGUUUGCAGACUUGAUGGCUCAGGACCGCUCACCACUGGGCAACAGCCGUCCAGCACUCAUCCUGGAGCCCGGCGUGCAGAGUUGCCUGACACACUUUAGCCUCAUCACGCAUGGCUUUGGAGGGCCCGCCAUCUGUGCUGCUCUCACUGCCUUCCAGAAUUACUUGCUGGAGUCACUCAAGGGGCUGGACAAGAUGUUUUUAAGCAGUGCGGGCAGUGGCCAUGGUGACACCAAGACUUCAGAAAAGGAUGCCAAGCAUCGGAAAUAGUCACUUCCCCUAUAUGAUCCUUAGGGGUCCCCAGGUCUGAAAUGAGGCCUUAGCUCCUGAGGGUGGGCAGAGUUGGGGUUGCGAUCAAACCAGGAAGAGAACAUUCAUCCAGAAACCUGAGUUAGGGAUCUGGGUUGGAGCCAGGGGGUUGGCCUUUCUGUGAUGGUUUGUUGGUAAGUUAAGGAAAGGCCUAGGCAUCUGCCUCAUGUGUGCAAUUUUCUGACCUUUGAUUUCUGAGAAGGGUUUGGGCAGGAAGAUGGCAUGGAAAGGUUUGGCUCAUGGGCAGAGCCCUGCCCAUUAGGAUGCCCGGGCAGCAGUGGGCACUCUUAGGUGCCAAGGCCUUUGUUUUUUACUGAUGGUGGGAGGGAAAGUGUUAACAAAUCAGAGGUGCUAUUGAGGGAUUAGCACCCCUUAUCUCCAGAUCCCCUCCCCCUAGAAAAGGGGUGCUAGCAGGAGACCUCAGAUGCCCUUUGGACUUUUCCCAUUCUUGGAAAGAUAUGGACAAGAGGGGCCUUCAAGGAACAAAGAAUAUAAAGCACAAAUUGCAGAACUUGAAUCCAGGCUGUUUCACAGUCCUAUUGUUGUCUGUCCUAUUUAUUUAUAUAUGUUGUAAUUAAAUCUGGAA